GAUGCGUCGUCACAGUUGGGAGAGAAGACGCAGUAGCAGCAGAGGACGAGCUCGAGCUUUCAGGACGCACAAUUCCUGCCAAGGCCCUAGCACGCGAAUGUCCUCUAGAGAUUUGGAGCGCGGAAUUUUUCACGGUCGGAAGGAUCGAUUGGUCGCAGACGCCGAAGAGCGUGAAUGUUGGAUUUAUCCUGGUUGUGAAUUUCAAUUUUUGUGGGCAGGAUUCGGAAUGUCGGGAUCAGAGAUUAUGGGAUUCGGUUGAACUGAGCUGAAGCUGAAGCUGAGAAAGGUUUCCUUUGAUGGGGCUCGAUUUGAUUCAGGAGUGUCAAAAAUGCAUCGGCCUUGUCGCAGAAGAUGCGGAAGAUGGAAUAUUGUAUAUGGACGCCGGAGCUGGGGAGGCUUUCCAUUUCAAUGGAGGGCUACCCUCGCUGCUUGAACUUGGUGCUCGAGCCAUUUGUAGCCUGGAGAAUGCGUCACCUCUUGAUGCUGCUGUUUCAUGGAGAGGGCCAGAUCAGGGAACGGCUGAAAAGAUUAUCAUUUUAACCUCGAAGUUAUUGACUGAUUCUCAUCCGCAUGUUCUACGAUGCUUACGAAUGCAUCGAUCUGUCAAGCAGUGCACAAUUUGGACUUCUAUUUCCGAGGAAGCCCAUGGAGCACAUCCAGAUACAUCGUUUGGACUUGGUGCUUUCCAUGAUUAUAAAACCUCGCUCCUGCGAGAUCUGUCAGCAUCUACAGCACAGCCAAGUGGAGGACUCAUGGAGGACGGAGAGCCUGAUUCGACAGCACAAUCACCCAGUUGGCAAGCACCAAGCAUUGAGUUGAAGCAUUUCCCUAUGAUGAUUUGCUCCUUCACGAAAUCCUUAUUUGUUUUACCAUCUGGAGGAGCAGUUGCGCAGGGUCCUCUAUCUUCUUAUCAAGAUACAAAUGCCGUAAGUCAGGGUCUGCCAGGAGUAGACAUCUCGGCUACUGCUGGCGAUGAGCACAUUCCAGCCGGCGCAACUCUCCUUGCACAUUGCUUGCAACAUGUGGCUGCCCAGCUCGAUUUGAAACCUGAGAUUUUCACUCUGGGCCCACUCGCACAUGCAGUUGGGAAGGUAAUGGCAGGGCUUCCCAGCCCUCCCGAUAGUGUUGGGCACCACCGACGUCCGGCAGGACUAAUUUUUAUAGAUCGAACUCUGGAUCUCGUAACACCGACGACCCAUGGUGAUUCUCUCCUGGACAGGUGUUUUUUCUCCUUGUCUAGAACACCACCGCCAAUCAAUACUUCUCCAGUACUACGAUCACAAGUAAUAACAUCCACAGUUGAGCGCCCUUCAAUGGACAUCCGGGUUCCUGUUGAUUCAAGCGAAGCGAAACCAACAGAUUAUGCCAAAAUCGGUGUACAUUUUCCCUCAGGACCUUUACUACCUGAUUGGGAAGCUGUGGAUCUGACCAACGAGCGGUCAACAUCUGCAGGUGGAACUGCUGAUAUGCAAAGACCUGCUGCUCCUGUUUCUUACAGUCAGAUCGUCAGGGAAGAACGUAAUCUGUAUGGGGGUUCACUUAGCACUUCAUGGGACAGACGAGGGUCUGACUUUUUAGAAACUCUGAUUGGAAAGCGAACAAAAGAUUCAGUAUUACAGAUUCGCAAGUGGCUGCAGGAAGCUUUACGGCAGGAGAAAAUUGAUGUUUCAGGAAAGGGUCGUCUUGGAGUUAUCAGUGUAAAUGAGCUAAAAUCGUUGAGGAGAGCAUUAGCUGAGAAGCCAGAAGUUGCAAUGCGACACACGACAUUGAUACAACUGACAAGGGCAGCAGAAGAAGCACUAGCAGGGGAGUCGGCCACUAUAUGGGAUUCCUUUGCCAGCUCGGAAAAAAUUCUGAUGCUCACUGCUGGAGAUAAUACUCAAAGUCUUGCUCUACAGCUUAGCGAUAUCGUGCAGCAGAGUGCACUAAAUUUCCGCAGGGCUCAUGAAUCUCAGUUGCCAAAGGGAGUUUUAUCCUUGAGAGAUGCCCUAACUUUGGCCAUUGUUGGGUACGGCCUCGCUGGUGAGGGCAUGCCUGGUAUCACACAUGGCAGUCCAUUUUCCUGGGAAGAAGAACAAGCAUUGAAAGAAGCUGUGGUGGAAGCAAUUCUGAAAGGUCCACCUGGAGCACCUCUAGGCUUCCUGAAGACUUUGGAGAAUGGCCUUGCGACAAUCUGGCAAGGAGGCAAUGCACAAAAGGUACCUGAUAUUGUUAAACCGCAAAAGAAACCAAAGCAGGUAGAUGAUGAUUGGGAUCGUUGGGAAGGGGUCGACGAGGACGAGGAUGAUGAUGAGGAAUCCGAGGAGUACGGGGAAGUGCAACUAAAGCUGGAACUGCGUGACAGGCUCGGGGAGGUUUUUGCAACUUUGCAUAAAGUGGCAGCUGCUUGUGGACGAGGUCCUCUCCGGGAAGUGCCUCUCCCUGUAGAGAGCCAAAUUAGUGCAGGAGCUGCCUUACGCACGGGCCUCAUUUUCAAAGUACUGUCUUUAGCUUUCGCAAAAAUGGAUAUUCCAGGAUUAGAACACCAUGCCUCGGGUAUGGGGCGUUUCUUCAAAGGUGGCCUCGGGAGAUUUGCUCUAAGACAGGCCAAGCCAAAGUUGAGUGAUCAAAAAGUUCUUCUUGUGUUCAUCAUUGGAGGCUUGAAUUUUGUAGAGGUCAGAGAGGUGAGGGAUGCUCAGGCUGCUAUUCCGGGAGCGGAGAACUUCGAGGUGCUUCUGGGUGGAACUACUCUGCUCACACCCACCGAUAUGUAUGAUCUUAUGAUUGGAUCGUGUGGUACACUGUAACCAAGAAAUGACUUUGUUCAUAUGCUUGACAUUUUCAAUCUAGUCCCAGCCGCAUUGGCAGCCCCCGGUGGAAUUAGUGAAAGACAGCAUAAGUUCGUACUGUAUGUGAUGCCCAAGUUGUAGAUAGUCGCAGGGGCAUCUGUUAGUAGCCUUUGACGGUCCGUACCAGGAAGGCCUUUAGCUCCGUUCUUCUCGCAGGAGACAUAUCGUCCAAUCACAUCACCCCCUGAAUUAUGCUGAAUGUUCCACUUCCAAAUAUAUAAUUUUUUCUUACCAGUAUUGUGGUACUCAGCCCCAAGAAGUGAAGACCACUAAAAUGUGGGUAGAGCUUUCAACGAUGUUUUCCAUCUGGCGUGGUCAUCAUUAUGGCCACGUAUAUGUCAGUUGAGCACGUUCUUUGUCUAGCAUGUUUCAUGUACAAUGAUUAUACAGGAGAUAGA